AUGGAUCCCCUCGAAGAUGGAUUUCUGGAUCGUUACCAGCGGAACAAACAAGGAGAUUUGUCCGACCUAAACAGAUUACCCAUUUCAAACCCACUUCAUCCAUUGAGACUGAAUUCUAUCCCAUCACAGAUUUCUGAACCGACUCUUGUACCUAACUCAACAUUUCUUCGGACAUUCAUGAGCAAAUCCACCCUAAUACGCAUGGCAUCACCAAUUGUUCCUCAAACAUGUCGUUUAGCAAACAUACCCAAGGAAAUACUUGGUAUCAUACUAGGAUAUUUGCCCCCAUCAUCAGCUUCGUCGCUAGCACUCACCGGUAAAGGCUUUCUCGCGGCUGUAGGAAAUGUCCCUUUCGAGGCACUGUCGAGGGACCGUUAUGAGACAUACGUCCUUCUCUGGUCCAUUGCAAAAGAUCUACCCGAGCAAAGUGUGUGCCACUCUUGCAAUCGACUCCAUAACACUGAGACCGCAUUGAGACAUUAUCGAGAUGGAAGAAACGGACGUGGAGAAUCUCAAAAGAGGUACAAAGCCCCGAAGUGCCGAAUAGAUGCUCGUCUCGACUGGGACUACAAGGAGUUGUUAGAUCAAAAUUUCAGUCCAGGAAUUUUUAAUAUGGCUAUGAAACAUUCGCUCCACAACCCAGAUUGUGGGGAAUUUUUGAAUGCACUUUCCGGAGAGUGUACAGCUAAGAAUUAUUGGGAUUCUUGGACCAGAGAAUCCCAAACAGAUUGUCGGAUUCUCCGGGGAACCUUCAUUCAUCGUACACAGAUGGUUUGGAUCACACCCACAAUCAACCGAACGCCAUACGGUUUGACUAUGGAACAAUGUGCUCACACUCGGGUAUGCUAUAUGAGCGGGAUUAUCUACACAAGGUCAUAUGGUCUCUCGCAUGAAGAUGACAAUGCAGAUUCGCAGAGUCUUUCGUGCGAUUGGGACUCCCCAGAGACUACUUCGAAUUUAUUGAAGUGCCGUCGUUGCUCUACACAAUGCCAAUUGACCAUGAAACCCUUGCCCGUGAAAGGGUCAGGAAUGGCAUUUUACAUUACUAGAUGGGUUGACCUGGGAUCCGGUACAUUGGAUGAGAAAUGGCAAAGAUACUUUCAACGAGGUAGAUUCGCAUUCGAAUAUCAACAGCAACCAGAUUCGUUAGUUUUGUCUUCGGUAUUCGAGAAUGAUGGUGGAUUUCGAAGCAAGAUAGAGGAUCAACGCUAUGCACCAUUGUUCCAUCCUUCAGUCUCUGAAACCCGAGAGACAUCAGUAUAA